UGUAAAAAUCUAAAUCUAUUUCCCGCGAAUGUCAGGUGCUCCAAUUUAGAAAACCACGAGUUUAUGUGCAAAAGUGUAUUUUCUUCAGUAGAGCAUCAUGCCAAAGAAACCUGCCAGAAAUGCAUUUUAUUUUUUUAUGAAGGAUAUAGAACCAGCUCUCAGAAAGGAAGGGCGUGUGUUCCCAAAUGGUAUUCAAGAUUUGGUUCCCAUUGCCCAUCCACGAUGGAAGGCUUUACCCGAGAAAGACAAGGCAAUCUAUGAAAGAAAGGCCAAAGAAUGCAAGAAACAAAUGAAAGGAGUCGAGGGUGACCGUUUCCGAAUGGAUAAUCAAGGACAACUGCUCUCCGAGCGGGUAGACCAUGAUGCAGAAACAGAACAACAGAGACAGAAAGAGAGAAAGGCUGUCUGUGAAAAGUGGCCCCCAGGGGAAGCCAUAGCCAAUGAGGUGUUUUACCUGAUAAACUUCCAGACUCUAUGUGUGACAGAUGAUGGCCAUUACCUGCCAGCAGAGAUCGGAGUGAUUGAGUACAGCAUUAAACGGGGGAUUAGUAAAAAACUACACAGGUUCAUUGAGGCAGGUAGAAUUCCUAUGGGCUACAGAGGAGCAUGCAAAGAGAAAAGUGAAGACUAUCACAAGAUUCCUAUGGAGAAUUUUGAGAAUGCUGACUCCAAUUACAGAGGACUAUGGAUUCAACUGGAAAAUUUUGUGAAUCCUAAUGGAGAGAAGCCGGAGUACCCUCCCUUGUAUUGUCUGGGUAAUGAUAUAAAAGAGACCACGUAUUGCUUGGAAUGGAUUCAUGGAAGAGCAUGCCUAGGUAUCCCCAACCGUUUGAGGAAAGUGUAUGAACUGGAGGGCAUGGUCACCGACCUAUAUCAUCAUAUCGGCAAGUCUGUCUCCAAGACCCGGGUCAUUGAAAUGCUGACCUCAAGCUCAUGGGACUAUGAACCAAAAACAAGGUGUGACUACCAUGAGGAACUGGAGUGUAAAUACUGCUCGCUGGGCAUCAUUCAGAGAUACUCAUACGCAAUGUCAGACAGCUUAUGUGGUUUAUUGAAAAUUGAGCUGACAGAAAGACACCUUCCUGCACGCCCGGACAAUCCCGUUGUCGCCCUGCCCCCCUCCUCAAUGAAGGUCAGAGCUCCUCCCCAGGUCCAGAGAAACCAGAUGCCCCCCACAAGGCAGACCAACAGUUAUAGUGCCCUGGCCAAGAAAAACUUUAAAGAUGACAUCUCUGAUGAAAGUGAUGAAGACGAUGUUGGGUCUAUCACUUCUCUUAGACGUCCUCAUAUCCCAGUUAACAUGGCCCCUGCACCCAAGGAUCCAUGGGCAGAACAACAGAAACCCCAGGCCCCAAGUAUGGGGCGAGGCAUGUGGUCUGGCCAGCCUAUUCCUGCCAACCCUCCACCCCCAAAAUCUACCCAGUCUGAGUUUCCAUCCCUGGGACGAGGAAUGGGAGGAGUGGCUGGAAUUCCUCUCGGUGGUUUCACUGCCAGUGCAGGGGAUUUUCCCGGGCUUGGGCGAGGGGCAGGAGUGAAGGGGGUCGGCAUCGGACGAGGAGUUCCUCUCAGUCACUCUCAGCCCCCAGCUGGACAAAAGUUUGCUGGACGAGCUAUGGCUCCUGAUCCAAGUUCAGCACCUGUCCCCCCAGCAUCCUGGGUCAAAGAUGAACCAUCUAAGCCAUCAAUGAGCAGCAUUUCACAGAGUCUACAAAACACUACGAUAUCCAACCCACAAAACGGCUCUUCUGUGCCUCCAGGGUUCAGCCGGAUGGAACAGCCCGUCAGGAACCCAGUACCCCAGCAACAGAGAGUCAUCAGUCCCAUGACACAGCCUCAGAGAGAGAUAAGUGGGAGAGGAAGAGGAAUCAUGGAGACAGUAGAUCCAAGUCUGAAGCUUCCCAAGGGGCGCGGCUACGCUCCGCCAGGCAUGGAUGUGCAAAGACAUCUUCAAUUGCUGCAAUUUGGAAACUGACCAGAUGAUAGGUGGAUGUUGUGUUGGGUACAAACUGGUUACAAAAUACCAGUACAAGCAUAUAAGUCAGUCUGCUUAAAACCAAGGGCAGGAGGAACUUGAAAGGAAUUUGGAUUUCCUUGGAAACCAUUCAACUGGACCAUAUAUUUUUAUAUGAACUUUAACAGUAUAAAUGUGAUUUACAGAGUUUGUUUCGAUACGGGUGUAUCUGAUGAAGAAUUUGAUUUGAGAUUGUCUAGUAUGUAUAUUCAUUACAUACAUAGAAUUUUUUUGUUCUGAUGUCCGAGUGACAAAUUU